UUACCUGAAAUUUUAGGCUUCUCUUGUUGAUUUGGUAUUUAUUUUGAUUAUUUCACUUUGGAAUUUGCCUACUCAUAUGUUAUUUAACAAAAUCAAGCCACUCCUUUGUGAUGUUUUUUGCACUAAAUUUUAUCAUCAUUGACUACUGCUUUCCUGUUUCUCCAAUUCCCAAUUCAUUGUUUUGUUGAUGCUCAUAAAAAAGUUUUCUUUUUAUAUACAAAUUUUACCAAAAGUAUACUAUCUCUAAAAUCAUGAAUAGCCCACUUACAUGAAUACCAUGUUUUGACUGUGCAAACCAACCAAACAUACCAUGUGUGCGUGUGUGUGUGUCUUAUAGUUUUGUCACUAACUCAAGUUAAUUUGAAGCUUCUAAUCAAGGUUUUCUGAGAUGGAGAAGGACAAGGAUGGAGAGGGAAGUUGGGGAAGUCCAGACACAAGGCCUUCCUUCUUCCAAAUCAUGUGGUCUGACAAUCUGAAAGAGUUGAAAAUUCCGACCAAGUUUUUCGAUGAACACUUGGCAACCGAGGAAACUGAAACGGUGGCCCUGAGGAGUCCCUGUGGGAGUUGGGACACGAAGCUGGAGCAGAGAGACGGCGGCGUCUAUCUCAUCCAAGGAUGGCCACAUUUCGUCGAAAGUCACGACUUAGGAAGAGCAGAGUGGGCACACUUCCUAUACAAUGGUGGGAUGUCUUUUGAUGUGAAAAUCUAUGGCAGCAAUGGCUGGCUCAAGAAAUAUGAUCAGCCAGCCGCCUCCGCGCCUCCUUUCGCCUCAUCUUUCCCUUUCUUCAGGCGCGAGAUUAAACGCUACAAUGUUGGCCACAAAUGCUCAAUGGUGAUUCCAACCCACUUUUCGAGAUGGCAUAUGUCUUUGUCCAAGGAGCCAAUGGUGCUGAUGGACUCUGAUGGGGUUUCUUGGCCAGUCACUAUUACCGUCACGAGCGGCAAUCGUCUUGCUAUGACUGGAGGAUGGAAGGCCCUCGCAGAUGCUCGUUCCAUCAAGAAAGGUGACGUCUGCAUUUUUGAGCUGGUUGAGAAGAGAGUGAUGAAAUUCCACGUUCUCAGAUGAAAGAAUGUAACUACCAUCUUUUGAAUUGUCCAUGGAACUGAUCAUGUGAUCUUAUUUAACCUUAGUUUGCAUUAUGU